AUGAGACUGAGGCGGGCUGGUGAGCCAGCAAGUGGGCAACCAAGCUGUCAAUAUAGGAGAAGUGUUGAAGAUCAAGCGAGGGACAGGCUGGUGAGCCAGCAAGUGGGCAACAGGCCAUGUCAUACCACCCUGGAGUUGAGGAUUGAGACUGAGGCGGGCUGGCAGCGCUGGGAGCAGGGGCGCAUUCUUCGCCAGGUUGGCCGCGCCUUAUUUGUCAUUUCUGGUCCCGGCGCUGUCAAGCGACACCGGAACCAGAUCCGUUUGCGCUGUCCUCGGUUUCCUGCCGCUGGUUGUUUUCCGGCAGAAUUGGAGGCUUCGCGGCUUCCGCCGCCACGGCCCACGACUCCACCCACGGCACCUCCGCCACGGGCGCGCCUCCAGCCGUCGCCGCUGCCGGUCCGGUUACUUGCUGCGGACAGACGCCUCCCGCCGCCGCCGCGUUUCUCCGCGGUGCUAGAACCGAUGGACGCUGAGGCUGCCGUCACGCCGCCGCCGCAUGUGGAGGUCGUUGCUCCGCCUCCUCAUCCGAGCAUACCCAGUAGCGGUGCGCUUCCACGGGGCGUUUCCCCCGCCCCCCUCGCGAGCAAUUCGUGGUCGCGAGUGGACAGUGCGCCACAGCACUUCCGCUGUCCGCCCCCUCAGCUGCACCGCACCCGGGUCCCUCCACCCACCGUCGGAAACCGUACUCAACGACGGUCCGUCAUUUCAGGGGGAGGGAUGUGA